AUGAAAAACGCUGAUGAAGGCGGCACUGGUCGUCACGAUGCCUGCCUCGCCCUUCGGAAGGCCGUGGCGCAGGCGGAUGCCUCUUCGCAAACACCGCGCGACGAGGCCCUUGACGGAAAUCGCAAGCGCAACUUCCGUCCGACCCGUACGGAAAACCAAACGGAUAUUUUCCAGAAACAGUUCCCCGUCAUGAAAGCGGCCCACGUCAUCGGCCGGCGUCCGUGCCUCCUGCCAAGGACGGGCGCGGGGAAUUCCCCCGGGCCCCGCGCCUUCCUCCUCCCCCCGCCCCCACCCACGCCCUUGCCACGGAAUACCCAUUUCUGGCCUGUCUUCUCUUCCACUGAUCCUUUGCCCCUUCCUCCGCCCUUGCCCCUGCCCCUGCCCCUGCCCCUGCCCCUGCUCUAUCUCCAUCCCGGCCCCUCCCCACCUCUGCCACUGCCUCUACAUGGCCCCAUGUCGGCCUUCUUCGCUGACCACGCCUCCCUCGCUCCUGCGCCCCCCUCCCCCCUCCACGGCACCCCUCCCCCCUCGCCAAGAAGAGAUCAACCUGUGCGCGGACAAUCACGUCCGGGAAGAGCCAGGCGCCAAGAGCCAGGCGCCAAGAGCCAGGCGCCAAGAGCCAAGCGCCAAGAGCCAGGCGCCAAGAGCCAGGCGCCAAGAGCCAGGCCCCAAGAGCCAGGCGCCAAGAGCCAGGAGCCAAGGGCCAGGAGCCAAGAGCCAGGAGCCAAGAGCCAGGAGCCAAGAGCCAGGAGCCAAGAGCCAGGAGCCAAGAGCCAGGAGCCAAGAGCCAGGCGCCAAGAGGCAGGAGCCAAGAGCCAGGAGCCAAGAGCUAGGAGCCAGGAGCCAAGAGCCAGGAGCCAAGAGCCAGGCGCCAAGAGCCAGGAGCCAAGAGCCAGGAGCCAAGAGCCAGGAGCCAGGAGCCAAGAGCCAGGAGCCAAGAGCCAGGAGCCAAGAGCCAGGAGCCAGGAGCCAAGAGCCAAGGAACCAGGAGCCAGGGGGUCAAGGAGCUGCCUGGAUGACCUUCCGCCUGCCUUCGGCGAUCCGUGGCGACUGGGGGGAGUGCCAGGGCCAAGCCCUCCUUACGACUGCCUCUCGGCGUGGGAAGGACAGUGGCACUAUGGCAGGGAGAGCGGAGGGUAG